GGAGAUUACUACAUUUAGUACUAGUAAUAAACUGAAAAGUCAAUCAAAAGAUGAGCAUUUUUAGUGUGUAAAUAAUAGUGAUUUCAUUGCUUUACAGUAAAUGCAUGAAGAUACACACACAUAUACAUGUAUGAAUUCGCUUUCAUUAAGAAAGAUAUGCUACAUGUCAACAUAUGAAUAUAUACUUAGAUGUUUCUCAUAUAUAACACCCACGAAUCCUUUCACCAUGUGAAUUGUCUACUGUAGAAGUAUGUGCUAACUGACACCUAAACUGAACAGUUUAUUAUUCGUUACAAAAGAUUAAGGAAAGAAAAAUGGAACUAUUUAUUGUGUUUUUCCUUCGAUCUGAUCAAGUGAAAUAUAGUGAACGGGAUCAGUAGAUAGGUAAGUAUAUGCAAUACAUAAACAUACACGUACACACAUAUCAACUCAAUUGUGUGUUAACUUAAUAGAGUCUAAACGUUGCUUGACAAAUUUCUGUUAUCAGUAGGAAAACAUUGAACACAAUGAAUGUAUCAUUAGCUGAAAGAUUAUGGAAAAUUAUCUUCAUCGUUUUUAAUAGUAUCUUUAUUUUGUUUGGUUUUAUACUAUUCGUUAUUGGUAUUAAAGCACAGACAACUUUUGCAAAGUAUAAUACAAUUAUACAAGCUUCAACACCAGCCAUCUUUCCAACUAUCAUUUUCACCGGGAUAUUCAGUAUUCUAACUGGAUGUAUAGGAUUUGUUGGUGUAUUUAAACAAAAACCUAUUUUCUUCAUUUUGCAUCUUGUUGGUUUAGGUGUUGCUACGAUUAUUGACUUCGCUAUAGCAACAGCAUCUGCUGUGGUACAUGAUAAAUUCCCCAUUAUGGCACAUGAUGCAUUACGCAGUGCUGUUAGAUAUUAUUAUUAUAGACAUGAUAUUCAAACAGAUUUUGACAAGUUGCAAGGAAAUUUAAAGUGUUGUGGAGCAACAUCAUUCUUGGAUUAUACACGAAUGGGUGCCAAUGUACCAUUCUCUUGUCGUAUUGGUGAUCUAGUUUACGCUGAACAUUGGUAUUUGAGAUGCACGUCUCAUCCCACUGGGGACUCGUCAACUGAAUGUAAUUGCACUCCAGUGAGUAAUAUUUUUUCCCAAUGGAAUUUGAAUCAAGUACCCAUCUCAUGAAAUGCGAAAGCGUUAUCCACUAGGAUAUUCAACUUUGAAAGUGACCUUCUAAUUUCAUUUUCAUCACCGCUAACACAACCGGUAUUCAUAGGAAAUUUUGCAUCAAUAUGGGAAAUUGAUAUUUUUCUGAAUAUCUAUAUAAAUAUACCGCUAUUUUUCUCCUUUUUUUAUUUUUUCCUCAUUUAAACACAGGGUUGUGUUCAUGUAUUGUCUGAGCUAGUACAACAUUACAUCAUUGUGAUAAUUAGUUUAUGCUUUGUGUUCGCUAUUAUCCAAAGUAUCUUCUUGAUUAUCUCAAUCCUACUAUUUCGUAAAUCAGAAGCAAAAUUGGGAUCUGUGUAAACCUUUUCUAUGAGUGUUCUUAUUGAAAAACACAAUUUUAAGAAUAAAAAUGAAAUUGAGUUCAUUAUAAAAGUAAACAUUAUUAUUCAUGUAAUGACUGAAUACUAACUGUUUUUGUAACAGUUAACAUUUACAAGGUAACAAUAAAUCAUUCAUUUUUUUUCAAAAUUUUCAGUAAUUUUCUUAUUUUUUAUCAUUAAAACAAAAUAUAUACAUUUGAUUGUUUCAGUUU